GCAUGCGCAAUGCUUAGGCGCAGCUCCAUCGUCGAAAGACACUGAAGUACUUUGGACGUGCUUUGUUUAAACGACCCGACUUUCUAUUUUGCCAUCUUUUCAUUAACGUCCUGCUCGUUUUGGACUUGAAACGACCGCUGCUUCUACUCGUCUGCAGUAAAAUUCCUUCCUCCUCUUUAUCUGUUGACAGCCUAGUUAGCUUACCCUAGCCUUACCUGUGCGAUGGAAGAUAAACAAAGUACUUUGACGCGGCCGCGACCGGACGGAGUCCAGCAGCAUAAUCCGUGGAAUUUGAUGAUCAAACACAGACACGUUCACAGGAGAGGACGACGCUCACACGUGACUGUUAGUUACACCGACCCCCGUGUGUCCAUGGACCUGCUGAGAGCCGUUUUGCAGCCCAGCUUCAAUGAUGAGAUAAUGGACGUGUUCAGCAAAUACCACAAGUUUUUCGAGAAGGCGGCGCAGAACGUGAAGGAGAACGUGGGAGAGGACGUGCACACUGACCAGCUCAUUAAGGAAGCGUGCAGGAAUAUUCUGGAACAUGCCAAAAUGUUGUUUCCCGACAGCGAAGAGAAAAAGUCCAGCUCAGAGGCCGUUGUCAAGCGUUGUCGAGGUUCCGAAGAAAGGGCAAGUCCGGUCCCCAAAAAGAGGAAGAAGAACCGUGUGAGCGGCGCGGCAUCUGCAGCCGACCGACCUUUUAACUUCUCCGCUCACGCAAAGGUCAAGUGCGAACCCAUCAAGCGAGAAGGGCCCAAGUGGGAGCCGUCCAGACUGAAUGAACGCAGCACCUUCGUUCUGGGCUCCAGAGCCAACAAGGCACUUGGGAUGGGCGGGACUAGAGGACGCAUCUACAUCAAACACGCUGACCUCUUCAAGUACGCGGCGGACACCAAGGACAAGCAGUGGUUAGCAGAGCGUCACCACAUGAGGGCGACGGGCGGCAAGAUGGCCUACCUGCUGAUUGAGGAAGACGUCCAGGAUCUGGCGCACGGCGACGAUUACAAGGACUGCCCGGACGUCAAGCUGGACGAGAUGAAGCCCUUCUCGGUGCCCAUGUGGAUGGUGGAGAAGAUGCAGAAGGCCAUGGAGGCGCAGAGGGACUCGGAACUCUGAUCUCACGCAGGCGUCGUCACUAUGGUCCAAUUUUGGACAACUUUUGUUGCUCUCAAAAUACUCCUCAAGAGGUACUCAAGUACUCAUGAAAAUGGAAUGGGGAAUUUACUGAAAUAUUCUCUGAGAGAUCAAUACUCUCCAAUAAACAGAAAUACCCCAUAAAAGCCUUUUCAAUUGACUUAAAUACUCAGAAAAAAACCUGACAUCUUUCAUGAAAAUUAAACUUAAAAUUGAUGAAAAAACACAUCUGUAGAUUGGAGAGUAUUUGUGUAAGUUUCAGAAGGAAUUUCGGUAAAUUUCCUAGUAUUAUUGGUCAGUUUUCAAGAGUACUUCAGUAACUCUUUGGGGCUAUCAAAGGAUUUAGAUGACUUACAAGGAGUUUUUCCGUGGAUUUGCUAACUAAGGAGUUUUUUUGUAGAGUAGUCAUGCAACUUUGAUGGAGUAUUUGAGCACACUUAGGAAAGGUUACUGAUAUAUCCCCUAAAUCUACUCAUGCACUCCUGAAGAGUUACUCAAGUAUUCUUCAAAAUUUACUGAAAUACCCUCUGAAAGUGAGUCAAAUACUCUCCAAUAAAAUGCUUUUAAAAAUGAUCAAAAUCUACUACUUAAAUUACUCAUACAUUUCUGUAGAUUGGAGAGUAUCGGUCUAACAUUCAGUGUGCAUUUCUGUAAAUUCCCCAAGUAUUUUAGAUGUUUUCAAAAGUACUAGAGUACCUACAUUUUAAAGGGUAUUUCAAAACAAUUUCAAGGAUUUAUGCGACUUUUACGGAGUUUUUCAAUGGAUUUGGAAAGAUUUUGCUUUAGUAUUUCUGUAUUCAUGUAACUUUGUUGGAGUAUUUGAGUACACCUAGGAGAAUUGAUCACUUUUAGGGAUUUAGAAAAGUUUCAGUGGGUAGAUUCCAAAGUGUCAAUUUUUGACAACGCUUUUACUUUUGAGUCUGAGGUCCCCAACCUUUUUUGCACGAUGGACCAGCAUGAUGUAGGCCUUUUCUCACAGACCGGAAAUGUGUGGCAGAAAAAUAGAGCAAAUACAUACGGGAAAAUUUAACUCACGCUCAAUCAACGGGAGGCCUGAGCUAGUUUCGUUCAGACGGUCUAUCUCUGUGUGAUGAGAGAUCGGCAAAUAUCCUCGGUAGCAGGACCGUAUAAGUUCUUCUCCAAUAGUGAGAGGCUUUAUACAGAUUUCAUUACAAAUUAUGAAUGGCAUUUUGAGAUUUCUCCGUCGCGUUUUCCAAAACACAAAAAACAAAGACUUUUAUUUGACUUUGCAGCUACAAAGUUGCACACACAGGUGACUAUUUACACGUGGGGGAGGGGGUGGGGCGUAAUGAUUGCGGUAGGUCUGAUCACUCGAUGCCUUCUUGUUUGUCUUUGAUAGCCACUCUGAAGCGUUCCUCCAAUAGGGACAGCUCACUGAUCAGGUCGGUGAUGGCAUUGGUGAAGGCUUCCUGUUUCAUGCAAAACAUUUCCCAUUACCAUCUUUGAAAGAAAAAAAAAAACUACCAUCGCCGGCUUGCUCUCUAAACGAGACGUGAAAGCUCAACGGAAGCGCGGAUGCCCUCUACUGGCUAACUACAGACAAGUCUGCAAUUUUUGUAAUCGGCCCUGAGUCAAAAUAUUUGAAACAGAGCUCCAAGGAUCAAUGUGUACACAUCCUUAGUACUGCUGUCAUUUCGACAACAGCAAAAAACAAUACUGUUUUUGAUACUGCCUAUAUAUAUAUAUAAAAAAAAAAACUUCCUCAAAUUGACAUGAAAUCCCCAAAAUUAUCAUGAGACCCAUAAUGUACAGGAAAUGACUUGGGCCAUGUCUCCACUUAGCAGGGUAUCUGACAAAAAUUACUUUUUCUAUGGUUUGGCCUAUCAUCCACACGCACAUUUAAACGAGGGUUUUUGAAAACUGCGCCCAGAGUGAAGAUGAGCCAAUUUUGCAUUUGUGGCACCAUCAUGUGGACACUGAUAACCAAAGAUUUAACCCAGGAAAAACGUCACUGACUGCGACAAACUUUGUCCCUACAUCACAUGUGAGAAAAAUUUUUACAUUUGGAGCAGGGGUCGCAUUAACCGAAUAUUUUCCGUCGUUGACCGAUUUUUUUUAAACGGUGACGGAAAAAACUGAAGUCCAUCCGUCAUUUUGACAGGUUGCAAUUCACACCCCAGACCACAGGGUGGCGAGUGAGCAUAUUAAUUAGCUAUUGUAGCUCUUGAUGCAUGACGUCGUUGGCCUUACUCUGAAAAAUGUCAAGGCAACUGAGUGUCCGAAGUUUCUUCAAAAAGCCCCAAAACGACGGUGUUGAUAAAAGAGGUGAAAAAACAGGGACUGCACAAGCGGGCACGCAAUUCAAGUCCAUGCUUACCAGGAGGAAGGUGUGAAACUACGUUCAGGUCACAGCAGGUGAACUGUUAAUUUCAUUGUUCCAUAUGCUACAUAUGGUAGCCUACCUACCUACUGGGGCCACAGUCAGCUGUUUUUGUCACUGCGGAGAAAAAGUUAAAUAUUCAUCUGCUUGAUGUGUGAUGGCACGGUGUGGAUUCUCUGUUAAGCUUGUUCGGACAGAAUAUUAAUUUAAAAUGAAUGAAAACUAAAUACUAUUGAAUAUGUUGAAGCGGUAUGCAAUGUUAAGAGUCUUGUUAGCUCGAAUUGCUGUGUCCAGCCGCUGUAGCUCUGUUGCUCUCUGUGAACUCUCUAUUCAAGCCAGAACGCACGCGGCUCUUAAGUGUCUCUGUCACGUGACUGUGUCGUAGCCGCUAACGCGCUCGGCCAAAUGGACACACAAGUACGGAAGGUGAAUUAUGCCAAACAAAGGGUCACCACAAUGUCAUUAUCAUUUUAAAAAUUUAAGUGGCGGGUAAAAAUAGAUUAUGACCGGAUUUUUAUGACCCUGUCAGUCAAAAUGACAGACAACGAAAAAGUCUAGCGCAACCUCUGAUUUGGAGUGAAUUAGGUGUUUUUUUGCUUUUAUUUACAAACUCUUGCAGUGCUUCAUAUUGAAGAACACAUGCGAAGGUUGGGGGUAUUAUGGACAAUUAUUUUUAGCCCAUAGUUAUGAAUGAAAGCGGGUUGCUGCGGAAGCUUUUUCUACACACGUGCUGGUGUGGACUUUUUAUCCCCCAACGUUUUAAGGCAGAAUCCCUACGUGUAGACAUGGCCCUAGAAAUGCCACAAAAUCAACAGGAAGUGAUCCAGAACGCCCUAAAAUCAACAGGAAAUUAUCCAAAAUGUACAGGAAGUGACCCCAGAAUGAUCCAAUAUGUAUCGUAAGAAAAAAUCAACAGGAAGUGAGCCGAAAGCAGAGUUGUCAGUAGCGUAACGCGUUACUGUAAUCUGAUUACUUUCUUUCAGUAACGAGCAAUCUAACGCGUUUAUUUUUCCAAACCAGGAAUCUGAUUUAAGUUUACUUGCUGUCUGUGCGUUACUAUUUUGUUAUUGCCUCAUAAUGUAUGUAGAAUGAAGAAUAUUGUAAUCCUGUACAAAGAGCAUUUUGAAUAAAAAAUGUUAGGUUUCCAAAGGUUAGUUUCCAUGGUAACCACUCAUAGUCACUUCCUGUUUUGGUCUCGAGUCACACGAGCCAAGUGUUUUGGGACUGAAAAGGGCGUGACCAACACGGGUGCACAUUCGAGCCAAGUGCAGCCGCCACUUGAGAUGUGCGAGGGAAUAUUGAUCUGUGUGCGUCCAUGAAUGAACGUGAGUAUUUUUCCUUCAUUCUGGAGGGUUCCAGCGAUAGGUUGAAGCAGCUACAUGCGCGGCCGUUUCGUAGCUUUGCCGUUGCAACGGCGGGUAGUCAUCGCUCAAAGUCGGCAAGCAAUGUUUACAGCAUGUUUGAGUUGCACAUUUAUGCCGUGAGGUGACGUGUUCGUUUAGCAUCUUUGGGAUGUGUUGUAAGUCCGAUUGAGUGUGAAAUGCUUAGUUGCUGCCACGUUUUGUGGCCAAAUUGACCGCAUUAGUGUAUGGCGUACUUCCGGGUUGUGCCCCCAUCUUUGUGUGUAUUGCACUGUUUAUUGCACAAUUCAUUUGGGUGUCGAUGAUUGUGCAGUCAAUUUGCAUUGUUUUACAUUGGCAUUGAUAUGCUGUUAACCCCUAAAUCCUAACCCGAAGUUAAGAAUUUUUUACAUGAAGCUUAAUCUUCGAGUUAGUGGCUGUUUAAUUAGUCUGUAGAGUUGAUUUCAACAAAUUCCAUGCAGUUCGUCAGUUAUUUGUUAGUUUCAGGGCUCCUGAGUGGGUAAGCUAGCCCCAGUCGUUGAAAUCAACUCCAUUGACUGAUUAAACCCCAACUGACUCGAAGAUUAAGCCUUAUGUGAAACAAAAUCUGAUCUUCCUCUUUAAAUUCAAUUCUCGGAAAUUCAGUUACAUUUUUAUGUUGUCAUUAUGUUGAGGCAGCAAAGGGAGAAAAAUUGGUAAAAAUUAACCGAUAAAUUACUUUUAAAAGAACGUAGAUACUUUAAUAAUACAGUAAUCAGUAAAGUAACUAGAUAAUUUUUUUGAGGCAUAAUCAGUAAUUAAAUUACUUUUCAAGUAAUCUGUGACAACACUGGCCAUAAGUACCCUAAAAUGAACAGGCAAGUGACCCAGAAUGACCUCAUGGCCUGCCAAUCCAAUUCAUUUAAACUGGAGGUUCAUUCGCCCCUCCCGGUCAAAAUUAAUUUGACGACUAAUGCCGUCAAUGGCAGCCAAUGAGUUAAGUCAUUUUAAAUGCGUUUCAACUUUAGGUGGUGCGUUUACUUACUUAGUUUAAGCGUUGUAAGGUGUAAUUUGUCAACGUCACUGUGUGGCCAAUGUAAAACAGCUUAUUUAUAAUAUAAUUAAGCAAUUGUUUCGUCUAUCACCAUCAACGGCAGCUAGCAAAAGAAUGGCUAAAGUCUGUACCGUCCGUUGUAAAUAUGACCAGUGUUGGGAAUAACGCCGUUAUAAAUAACACCGUUACAUAACAGCAUCAUUUUUUCAGUAACGUGGUAAUCUAUUUUUUUCUGCCGUUACAACACCGUUACCGUUACUGACGGUCAAAAGCGGUGCGUUACUUACUUUGAAUAAAUUGAAGAAACUACCAGCCGUAGCGAGCCUACUCUGCUCUGUUUAUUUGUCAUCCAAGACUUUGGGUGCGUUCAGGUUCAUGGCAAUGAAAAUAGUAAACACACAAAGCCUACAUUUGCAAGAACGAUGGAGUUGCCGUUUGAUACGGUCAUAAUGUGCAGGUCCUGCACCCCUCCGCAGAAAAACUGUUCAUAGCUUUGUAGCGAUUUGUAAUUUCAGAAUCGCUGAUGAGUUUAGUAACAUACACCAAACAAUAAAUACAACAGAAUGUCCAUUUCGCGUAAUUGUGGAAGCCCGUCGACAUCUUUACUCCAUUUGUCUUCGGCUUGCUCGUAAGGGUCAACAUUGUUCACAUCCUUAAGUUUGAUCACAUAUCUGUUCUUCGCCUUAGUAACGAGUUUCUCUUUAUCGAACUGGCAAGUUAAAGUUUAAUGUCCCGCAAGCCAGACCUGCUUCCAAUAUGGCUGCGUUGUUGUCAAAUCUCACGUGAGCCCCCAUUCUGUGACAUAAACGCUCGAGCCUAAUAGCGCACGUACUUCAGAGCCGGUGUUUUCACACACAAACCGGAACAGCGCGUGCGGCAAACACACACACGCAAAACAGAUGCAGAGGGAUAUGAUGGCAGAGCAUUCAGAGGAAAAUUUGUCCUUUACGAGGUGGAGAUAUAAGCACGAUUUCAAGUUGGUCGAAAUUAAAGGAAAGAACGUGCAUGUAAAGU